AUGCAGAAGACGGAAGAGAAAAGAGUAAAGGCAUCCUAUCAGGAAACUGAAGAUGUUGAGGUCUCUGUGGGUCUAAAGGUAGAGCCCGCGCGGAAUCCAUCCAUUCUUGACCGUUUCGUGGUCAGCGAGGCUUCGGGUCCCGCGUAUUUGAACCAAUUCGGCUGGGCUUUGGCAGCGUCCUGGACAGUAGUACCUUUUUUGCAAUAUCCAGGUAACUUCCGUCACACACCUGUGCAGGCCGCACCACCCCAACAAGAAGCAGACUCCUGUACGCGGUUCUGA